AUGUACAUCGCUCUCUACUACGUAGUCGCGCGCCUCCCUGACUCCCUUCGCGUAGUCAGGGACCACUUUCUCGCAGUCUGUCCCACCACCCUCACCGUCGACCUCCUCGAGAAGGCCCUCCUCGCAGCGGAGAAGAGCAUAGUCGCUGUAGGUGCUUCUCGUGGUGACCCUCGCACCCCCAUCUUUGAGGGGUGCUCUCCUUCCCCCUUGCUGCCCUCUGUUGCCUCUGCUGCUGGUGACGACCUGCUUGGUCUUGAGUCGGUCGGCGCGGCGUCUGCCCCUAGUGGGAGACGUCGCUCCAGCAAGGGCAAGGGGGGCAAGGGCGCGGGUGGAGCUGGAGGGGGCGGUGGCGGUGGCGGCGGUGGCGGCGGAGGGAGUGGGGGUGGCGGCGGGACUAUUGGUGGAGGUGGUGGUGGUGGUGGCAGCAGUGGCGGAGACGGUGGUGGUGGUGCCAGCGGUGGUGGUGGAGGCAGCGGCGGUGGUGGAGGUGGCGGAGGUGGAGGCGGUGGAGGCGGCAGCGGAGGAGGCGGUGGUGGUGGAGGAGGUGGAGCUGGUCGAGGUUGUUCCCAGCAGCGUAGCGGCGGUGGUGGUGGCCAGCGCUCGCAGCGGCAGCAGCAGCAGCGCUCGCGGGACAUCCCUCCGCCUCAGCAGCUUCGUGAGUGGUACGCUGGGCGUCAGAGGGGUGGGGGUACUGGUCCCUGCACCUACGUUCUUCGUUCCGGCGACCGCGCGGCGAUCUUUGAUCUUGAUUUUGAUGCUAUCCUUGCUGCUAUGUAUGUUGUGGAUUUUAGUGAGGAGAAUGAGGGUUACCGGUGUUUCCAGCCCGACCCGGGCAUUGGUACUGCUGCGCUAGGUGCUUGUGAGGCUGCUGCUCUAGGUGCCAGUGCGUCUAUGCUCUCAGGUACUGGUGAGACUGCGCUCUCAGGUACUGCGUCGUCCUCGUCCUCCCUCACUUUCACACUUGACUCCGGAGCUUCUUGCUCCUUCUUUCGAGACCGCACUACCCUUACGCCGCUCGGCCGGCCGGUUGCGGUCUCCCUCGCUGACCCCUCUGGGGGUCCUGUCCUGUCUCACUUCUCCACUGUUCUCCCGUGUCCGGCUGCCCCUUCGGGCACCCUGUCGGGUCUGUACCUUCCCUCGUUCUCUACGAACUUGGUGAGUGGAGCGGACCUGCAGGAUGUGGGGGUUCACCAGUUCACUCCUGCGAGUCAGCGGGUGACCCACUGCACGGAGGCACGCACAGGCCGACACCUGGCCACGUUCUCGCGUCGGCCGGGGUCGAGUCUCUACACCCUGACCGUUGAGUCUCCUCCUGUCCCUGCGUCUGGUCAGGUGGCUGCGUCGGGUCAGGUGCUUGCUGCUGCGUCCUGGUCAGGUCCUGAGUCUGCCCCCUGUUUUUGUCGCCUCCUGUCUCACGAGACUCUCCUGUGGCACCACCGUCUUGGCCACCCCUCCUUGCCCCGUCUUCGGAGCAUGGCUUCCCGUGUCCUUGUCUCUGGUCUUCCCCAGUCUCUCCCUCCUCUCCCCUCCGGGCCAGGACCUUCCUGUGUCCCCUGUGUCGAGGGUCGCCUCCGGGCUACUCCUCACUCCUCCCACUUCCCCCCGACAGAGGCUCCCCUGCAGACGCUUCACAUGGAUGUGUGGGGCCCAGCCCCCGUCCGUGGGCAGGGUUACGAGCGCUACUUCCUGUUGGUGGUUGACGACUACUCGCGUUACACCACAGUCCUCCCCUUGCGCAGCAAGGGUGCGGUCACUGAGGUGCUGAUCGACUGGAUCCGCGAGGCUCGUCUCCAGCUCAGGCAGAGCUUCGGCUCGGACUUUCCUGUUCUGCGUCUGCACUCUGACAGAGGCGGAGAGUUCUCUUCUCGCCUUCUGCGGGACUACUGUCGUGCACGGGGGAUCCGCCAGACCUUCACGCUUCCGGACUCACCACAGCAAAAUGGGAUUGCUGAGCGCCGCAUUGGUAUGGUCAUGGAUGUCGCUCGUACGUCCAUGAUGCAUGCGGCUGCCUCCCAUUUUCUGUGGCCGUUUGCGGUGAGGUACGCGGCGCAUCAGCUCAACCUUCACCCCCGGGUCUCUCGGCCUGCGAUGUCCCCAGCCUUGCUGUGGACGGGGAAGGUUGGCGAUGCGUCUGUGUUCCGUGUCUGGGGAUCUCGGGCGUUUGUCCGCGACUUGUCUGCGGACAAGCUGUCCCCUCGUGCUGCUCCCUGUGUCUUCCUUGGCUUCCCCACUGACGCCCCAGGGUGGCAGUUUUACCACCCCUCCUCUCGUCGUGUUCUGUCCUCCCAGGACGUCACGUUCGACGAGUCAGUCCCCUUCUACCGUCUCUUCCCCUACCGCACUCCUUCCCUCCCCCCUCCCCCGGACUUCCUUGUGCCGGUAGACGCCGUUGACCCGGUCGAGGUUACUGGUGACUCUGGUGCUGCUGCGGGUGCUGAGCCUGGGGGUGCUGACUCUGGGGGUGCUGUGCGCGGGGGUGCUGAGCCUGGGGGUGCUACUGCUGGGGGUGCUGGGCCUGAGGGUGCUACUGCGGAGGGUGCGGAGCCUCGGGGUGCUGAGCCGGGGGGUGCUGAGCUGGGAGCUGCUGAGCCUGGGGGUGCUGCGUCUGGAGCUGCUGAGCCUGGGGUUUCUCCUGCAGCCGCGUCUCGCCGGGAGCCCCUCUCUCCACAGGAGCUGCGCGAGUGGUUCGCUCGCCGCUGGAGGCGUGCUGCUGAGUCUGGAGGUGCUGCUGGAGCUAGAGCUGGAGCUUCUUCGACCGUCGAGGGUGCGGGUGCUACCGGUCCCGGAGCUGCUGGACCUGCGGGGCCUCCUGGAGCUGGAGCUGCUGAGGGCGCUGGUGCUGAGCCUACUGCUCUUGGUCCUGCCGCUGGAGGUGUGGGUGGCGCUGGUGCUGUCGCAGAGGGUGCUGGUGCUGUCCCUGCUGCGUCUGGAGCUGCCGCGCGGCCUCGGCCGUACUUCGAUCCGCUCCUGCAGCAGGUUCUUGGUCUUUCUUCUCCAGUAGAGGGUCCACCGCCUGUCCAGUCGCAGUCCCUGCUGGAGCCUUCCUCUCCACUGCCUGCUCCCUCUCCUUACACUGGUCCUACUGGAGGUCUUGCUGAGCGUCGUAAGCCUGCGUCUCGUCCCGCGUCGCCUGUUCGCACUGCUCGCGCUAGUGGUCGCAGUUCGCGUCAGCGUCCUCCUCCUGUCCCUGGCAUGCACCGGAUGUCUUUGCGUCCGUCCACUGCUCCUCUGCGUGCCCCUUUGCCUUCUCCUCCUGAGUCCUCUCUUCCUGCGCUUGCCGACCCUGGGUCGGACUCUCUUCGUGCUGCCAGUCCUAUUGUCACGCGUCUCCUUGCUACUGUCGUCACUGACCCCUCUUUUGAGUCCACUGCUGCGUCUGCUCUAGUCGCUGAGCUCGUCGACUUUGCUGCUCGCUGUCGUCUCGACUACGCUGCCAGUCUUGUUGCUGAGUCUGCGUCUGUCUGUCCUCCGUCCGUCGGGGGUGAGUGUGCUCUUGGCACGGACGUCCUAGAGGACAGGCAGGAGGAGUUACAGUGUCUAGCGGCUGCUUCACCUCAUCUCGCGUCUGUACUGCUUGCCCCUGAGGGAGACCCGGAUGCACUAGACAUCCCGACUCCGCGUUCUUACGCGGAGGCCGUAGAGGGUCCCUACUCCUCUCAGUGGCAGGCAGCUAUGGAUGCGGAGAUGGCUUCCUGGAAGUCCACAGGCACCUACGUUGACGCGGUUCCCCCUCCUGGGGCAAACAUCGUCAGUGGCAUGUGGAUCUUCAGGGUGAAGCGGCCGCCGGGCUCUCCACCUGUCUUCAAGGCACGGUACGUUGCUCGUGGCUUCAGUCAGCGGCAGGGAGUUGACUACUUUCAGACCUUCUCUCCCACCCCGAAGAUGACUACUCUUCGGGUGCUGCUGCAAAUAGCCGCUCAGCGCGACUACGAGCUUCACUCUCUCGACUUCAGCACUGCGUUCUUGCAGGGUAGCUUGCACGAGGAGAUCUGGCUUCGCCGUCCACCUGGCUUCACUGGGACUUUCCCUUCUGGCACCCAGUGGAGCCUCCGACGGCCAGUCUACGGUCUCCGCCAGGCACCGCGUGAGUGGCACGACACACUGAGGACUACGCUUGCGGCUCUUGGGUUUGCUCCUUCUUCUGCUGACCCGUCGCUGUCUCUUCGCACCGACACUUCCCUGCCGCCGUUCUACAUCCUCGUGUACGUUGACGACUUGGUCUUUGCCACAGCGGACACUGCUGGACUCGCCUACGUGAAGUCCGAGCUGCUGAAGAGACACACGUGCACAGACCUGGGUGAACUGCGCAGCUACCUUGGCUUGCAGAUCACUCGGGACAGAGCACGCCGCACCAUUACCUUGACUCAGUCACACAUGGUGCAGCAGGUCCUUCAGCGCUUCGGCUUCACGUACUCCUCGCCUCAGGCCACUCCUCUGCCUACUCGCCACUCACUCUCAGCUCUGCCUUCGGAUGAGUCCGUAGAGUCGAGUGGUCCGUAUGCAGAGCUUGUUGGCUGCCUCAUGUACCUGAUGACCUGCACACGACCUGACCUUGCAUACCCUCUGAGCAUUCUUGCACGCUAUGUUGCUCCUGGGAGACACAGACCGGAGCACAUGGCUGCAGCGAAGAGGGUAUUGCGCUACCUGUGCAGUACGUCGGGCAUGGGGCUAGUGCGUGGAGGGCGGAGUCCAGUGGUCCUUACCGGCCACGCGGACGCUUCUUGGGCUGACGACCAGGCUACGCAGCGGUCGUCACAGGGUUACACCUUCAGCCUUGGUUCCGGCUCUGUCUCGUGGCGGUCUACUCGCUCGUCCUCGGUUCUCGGCUCCAGUUGUGAGGCUGAGAUCUACGCCGGGGCCAUGGCUGCACAGGAGCUUCGCUGGCUCUCCUACCUGCUGACUGACCUUGGAGAGCCGCCUCGUUCUCCUCCAGUGCUGUACGUAGACAACAAGGCCAUGCUGGCCUUGUGUCGAGAGCAGCGCUUGGAGCACAGAACGAAGCACAUUGCUCUCCGCUACUUCCUUGCUCGUGAGCUGCAGCAGCGUGGUCAGUUGCGACUUGCGUACGUGGCCUCUGAGGCCAACACUGCUGAUGUGUUCACCAAGGCACUCGCGCCUUGUGACCAUCAGCGCUUUUGCACCCAGCUGGGUCUUGUACCUGUCUUGCCUCACUUGCUCUCCUCUUGA